UUUAAUUAAAUAAAAAUGCAAUCAAUUAUAAAUAUUAAAAUAUAUAUCUUAAUUUUUACUAUGAUCUCGUACUUCGAAGUAUUGUGCAUCAAAAAACAUAAUAUUCAUUUAUUAGAGUAUUUGUUAAGUCAUGAUGGAUGGAAAAAUUUGGAUGAUGUAAAAUAUGUCAAAUACAGAAAAAAUAACUUUACUUUAGAAGAUGUAAUAAAACAACCUAUAUUAAAUUCAGAAUAUAAUAGACGAAUACACAUUACAAAAAUAUUUCUUGGGUGUUCUUACGUCAAUGUUUUAGUGACAAUUUUAUUUACUUUGGACAAUUUUCUUAAUCAUUGUAGAUUUAUUGGGAUUCAAGAAAAUCCUCAUGAAUAUGUAUACUAUUGUACCAAUGAACUUAUAUAUAUUAUACGAAGAAUAAUUUGGAUGACGAACCUUAUGCAAGGCGCAUUGGAUAGUAUUGAAAAAUAUCACGGGAGUCUGUGGGGAACAAACUUGUGUAACAAUUAUAUUUUAAAUACGGUAAUAACAAAUUUAAGAAAUUAUGUACCUUUAAAAAAAAUAUUGAUUCCCAAAAUUAAUCCAAUAAUUACUCAACAAACAUUAUCGGCCAUUAAAGAGUUUUUUUUUAAAAGAAAUAGAGAACUAAAAAAAGAUUUAAGUAAAUGCAAUCUAAAGUCUACAGAUUUGACAGUACUAUGGAAAAGUUGGAAUGAAGAAUUUGAUGAAACACUAUCUGUAGGAAAAAAACCAAAGUUCUACGAUUUUCUAAGCACAAAAAUUAACUAUAUAGCUCAGCAAACUAUUCAAGAGAAGUACUUAAAUCUAGGUUUUAUCUACAAUGAGGAAACUCAAGAGACAACUGUACCAACUCUUCCAGUAAAUUUCGAACAUAGUCAACAUGUUGACAUUAUAACGAAUGAAUCAGACUCAAAAUUGCCAGAGGAAAAUAAUGAAAAAGAAAUUUCGAAAAAUCCUAAAAGCGAUGCAUCAAUUGUAAGUCAACAUAUUGACUUCACAAUUAAUAAAUCAGAUGUAGAAGUUAAUCCUGAAGUUGAAGAUGGUUCACCUCAACUUUUAAUAAUCCCUGAUCAUUUGAAACAAAUUAACAUGUAUCUUUGAAUUUAGCACUACUUUACUAAGUUUUAUUACAAAGAAUAUUACAGUUAUACUAAUAAAUAUAUUAUAACAUUAAAAUUAACAAUCCUAUAUUUCAUAAAAUAUCUUCAUUAAUACAAUAGAGCAA